AUGCUGGUGACAAAACACGGCGCGGAGCUUUGCGCUCACCUCGUCAACGAUAUAUGCGGUGAGCUGCCAGCGCGAAUUCUAGCCGUCCUAUUCAGCAAAGGCAGAUCGAACAUCGCGACCCUUGUCCAAUCCACCGGAUUGAACCCACGUCAGCUGCGACACGGCCUUGCGGUUCUUGUGCAGCAGAGCCUUGUAUAUCAUCAAUCCGAUUCCAGCAACACGAACGGCGUCUACGAAGCCAAUCCCGAUGGAUGUUACAACCUCUGCAGAACGGGAAAGAUCAUCGAGAUGGUCGGGAUCGAGUAUGGCCCCGCCGAGCAGGAGGUAGUACAGACGAUCAUGCAACUAGGACACGCAAGGGUAUCGGAUCUCGCGCAAGCUUUCGAGGCGAGAAACGGGGCAAGCAUAAAUGGCGAGUACACAAACGGCCAUGCCAAUGGAGAUGGACCGAAGCCGAAGACCAAUGGCCACUCGCAUUCGUACGUCGAUAUUCACGCUAUCUUGAACCGCUUGGUUGCAGCAGAGAUUGUGGACCAGGUCGGGCCGAAGACGUUCAGAAAUCCGGAGGACGUUUACCGGGAGAUCGAGGAGGAAGUUACGAAAGCACCCCCGGGUGAGAGAACAACAGCGCGCAACAAGGAGUUGAUGCAGACUGAAGUUUCGAAGCGUCUUCGAGAAGCUCGGGAAGAGAGCAAGAAGCUGAAGCGCCAAAUCGGCCGAGGAGGCAUGUUCCCGACCAAGCGAAGGAGACUCGCGAAUGGUAAGGGAAAGAGGGAGGCGUCGGAGUACGAAGACGAUGUCUCCGAGCUCGAGCCGCAUAUUGUUCUCAGAGUCAACACCGAAAAGUGUCUAGUUGAAUUGCGAAACCAGCGACUCGCCCAGUACGCCGCCGAUGCGUUCGGUGAAAUCACCGGCCAAGUUUACCACACUGCGUUGCGUCUCUUGACACAGCAAAUGUCUCGAUGUCAGCUCGACCCAAGGAUCGACACCGAUAAUGAGGGUGACGGCCCUGGCUCGAACUCACGACAAGUCACUAUUACGAGUCUCGAAAUACUCGACAAUCUCGACGAUUCCGUUGAUGUUUCUCUGGGAGUUGGUAAGGCUACCCAGGAUCAGAUCGACUUUAGAAGCGCCGAAAAGAUCAGAGCAGCACCAGGCCCACUGAUGUAUGAUUCGGAUGAUUCAUUUGACGAAAGCCCGAGAGCCGCGCGAGCUCCUGCUCGUGGACAGACGAACGGUACUAGGCGAGACGGUUCCGACAGCGAUACUGAAGAUGAUGGCGAGGGUUCUAGAGAAACCAAGGUCAAAUUCGAAGAUGUCCCUGGCGGCAACCGACUUGAUCAAAUGCGGCAGCAUCUACUGCUGUUGGCGGAAAGCAGACAGGGCUUCUUGCGUCACUGCGGUAGUCAAGGCCGAGGACAAUGGACGGUGGACUUCAAGCCUUUGAUAGAAGGUUUGAAACAAACGGAGGUGGAUGCUGUUAUUGAGCAGUCAUUCGGAAGGCAUGGACUUCGAUUGACACGGAUUCUCCGUGACAAGGGCAAGCUGGACGAGAAGAUGCUCCCUUCGCUUGCUCUCAUGAAGAAGCAAGAUGUCCAGGGCAAAAUGCUUGCGAUGCAAAUGGCUGGUUUCGUCGAUGUGCAGGAAGUUCCCAAAGAUGCCAGCAGGACCGCGACAAGAACAAUGUUUUUCUGGUUCUUUGAUAUUGAGAGGAUUGAGAGUCAGCUCGUCGACGAUUACUACAAGACGAUGCUACGAUGCCUCCAAAAUCUCGAGGUGCACCGAUACCGCGAGCGUAACAUUCUGUCUUUCGUGGAAAGACGGGACGUGAAGGGUAAAGAGGAAGAGGUCAUGACUGCGGAGCACUACAACAAGUACAGCACUUUCUUGGACCUGCAGAGCAAGCUCCUCGGCCAUGUCAUGAGACUGGAUGACCUUGUGUCUGUGUUCAGAGACUAUUAG